GAGACAAAAGGCCAUUAAAAAAAAGCGAGAAAAAGAGACAUAUGGUCCAAAAAUGAUGGAAGAAGAAAUGUGGCUCAGCUUAUUCCACCAGAAAAACAGAAAACUCUAGAUAUACGCAGGCAGCUACCAAAGUCCAAGAAAGCCGACACUUUCCUUCCUUCAUUUAUCUCCCACACUCUUAUAAGACUCUCACCUCCCAACAACAACCAUCUUCAUCUCUUCAAUGGCCGGCACCGGAGCUUUUGCAGAGAUCAUCGAUGGAGAUGUCUUCAAGUACUACGCCGACGGAGAAUGGAAGAUAUCCUCUUCCGGAAAAUCCGUCGCCAUUGUCAAUCCUACCACAAGGAAGACUCACUACAAAGUUCAAGCUUGCACGCAGGAGGAGGUGAACAAGGUGAUGGAGACCGCGAAAGCCGCGCAGAAAUCGUGGGCGAAGACGCCGCUGUGGAAGCGCGCGGAGCUCCUCCACAAAGCCGCCGCGAUCCUGAAAGAGCACAAAGCCCCCAUCGCAGAAGCUCUGGUGAAGGAAAUCGCGAAGCCGGCGAAGGACUCUGUGACUGAGGUCGUGAGGUCUGGAGAUCUGAUUUCCUACUGCGCCGAGGAAGGGGUGAGGGUGUUGGGACAGGGCACGUUCCUCGUCUCCGACAGCUUCCCCGGCAAUGAGAGAACUAAGUAUUGCCUCACAUCCAAGAUCCCGCUCGGCGUUGUUCUAGCGAUUCCUCCUUUUAAUUAUCCAGUAAACCUAGCUGUGUCGAAGAUCGCGCCUGCGCUCGUCGCCGGCAACUCGCUGGUGCUGAAGCCUCCGACGCAGGGUGCGGUGGCGUGCCUUCACAUGGUGCAUUGCUUUCACUUAGCCAAUUUCCCCAAGGGACUGAUCAGCUGCAUCACUGGGAGAGGCUCUGAGAUUGGGGAUUUUCUUACAAUGCAUCCUGGUGUCAACUGCAUAAGCUUCACCGGCGGCGACACCGGCAUCGCAAUCUCGAAGAAAGCAGGGAUGAUUCCUCUGCAGAUGGAGCUGGGAGGGAAAGACGCGUGCAUCGUGCUCGAGGAUGCGGAUUUAGGCUUGGUGGCAGCCAACAUUAUCAAGGGAGGAUUCUCUUACAGUGGGCAGAGGUGCACUGCCGUGAAGGUGGUGUUGGUGAUGGAGUCCGUGGCGGAUGCGCUGGUGGAGGCGGUGAAGGCGAAGGUGGCGAAGCUGACGGUGGGGCCGCCGGAGGACGACUGCGACAUAACACCGGUGGUCUCGGAGUCGUCUGCCAACUUCAUUGAGGGCCUGGUCACGGAUGCUAAAGAGAAGGGUGCAACCUUUUGUCAGGAAUACAAGAGGGAGGGCAACCUCAUCUGGCCGUUGCUCUUGGAUCACGUGCGGCCGGACAUGCGGAUCGCGUGGGAGGAGCCGUUCGGGCCCGUGCUGCCGGUCAUCAGAAUCGGCUCCGUCGAGGAAGGGAUCCAUCACUGCAAUGCCAGUAAUUUUGGCCUCCAGGGUUGCGUCUUCACCAAAGACAUCAACAAGGCGAUGCUCAUCAGUGAUGCCAUGGAGUCCGGAACGGUUCAGAUCAACUCGGCACCGGCUCGUGGGCCCGACCAUUUUCCGUUCCAGGGCAUCAAGGACAGCGGGAUUGGAUCGCAAGGCAUUACCAACAGCAUCAACAUGAUGACAAAGGUGAAGAGCACUGUCAUCAACUUGCCAACUCCAUCUUACACCAUGGGCUAAACAAUCCAUUUCUGUGCUCAAAUAAAAACAAAUUGUGUUAUGGGAUAUUGUUAAAUUUCUCACUGCAUUUCAAUUACUGUGUCUCCAACUCAAUCCUUGUUUGUAUAAUGCUAGUAUUUGUCUCAACUCUCAAGCCAGGAUAGGAAAUGUGUAUUGUGAUAAAAAUUGUGAUGAGGCUAGUAGGUUGGUGGAAGCCCAAAUCACUCUUGAAAUAUUCAUUUUUGGGAGUCAUUUGCUAUUUAGAUCCAACUUUUGAAAUG